GGGGCUGGGAAUUUGCCAUUCUGCUGUACAGACACAGAUUUUUUUUUUUAAGCAAGAUUUUAGGUAAUGGGAAGAUCAGAAAGUCAGAUGGAUAUAACUGAUAUCAACACUCCAAAGCCAAAGAAGAAACAGCGAUGGACCCCACUGGAGAUCAGUCUCUCAGUCCUUGUUCUGCUCCUCACUGUCAUAGCUGUGACGAUGAUAGCACUCUAUGCAACCUAUGACGAUGGUAUUUGCAAGUCAUCAGACUGCAUAAAAUCUGCUGCUCGACUGAUCCAGAACAUGGAUGCCACCGCCGAGCCCUGUACAGACUUUUUCAAAUAUGCCUGCGGAGGCUGGUUGAAACGCAACAUCAUUCCUGAGACCAGCUCCCGUUACAGUAACUUUGACAUUUUAAGAGAUGAACUAGAAGUCAUUUUGAAAGAUGUCCUUCAAGAACCCAAAACUGAAGAUAUAGUAGCAGUGCAGAAAGCAAAAACAUUGUACAGGUCUUGUGUAAAUGAAUCUGCUAUUGACAGUAGAGGCGGAACACCUCUACUCAGACUGUUACCAGAUAUCUAUGGGUGGCCAGUAGCAACAGAAAACUGGGAGCAAACAUAUGGUCCUUCUUGGACAGCAGAGAAAUCUAUUGCACAACUGAAUUCUAAAUAUGGGAAAAAAGUUCUUAUUAAUUUUUUUGUUGGCACUGAUGAUAAGAACUCUAUGAACCAUAUAAUUCAUUUUGACCAACCUCGACUUGGCCUCCCUUCCAGAGACUACUAUGAAUGCACUGGAAUAUAUACAGAGGCUUGUACAGCAUAUGUGGAUUUCAUGGUUGCUGUGGCCAAAUUGAUUCGUCAGGAAGAAAGAUUGCCAAUCAAUGAAAGCCAGAUAAUGUUGGAAAUGAAUAAAGUUAUGGAAUUGGAAAAAGAAAUUGCCAAUGCUACAACUAAAGCUGAAGAUCGAAAUGAUCCAAUGCUUCUUUAUAACAAAAUGACAUUGGCCCAGAUCCAAAAUAACUUUUCACUAGAGAUCAAAGGGAAGCCAUUCAACUGGUCAAAUUUCACAAAUGAAAUCAUGUCAACUGUGAAUAUUAAUAUUCCAAAUGAGGAAGAUGUGGUUGUUUAUGCUCCAGAAUAUUUAACCAAACUUAAGCCUAUUCUUACCAAAUAUUCUGCCAGAGAUCUUCAAAAUUUAAUGUCCUGGCGGUUCAUAAUGGAUCUUGUAAGCAGCCUCAGCCGAACCUACAAGGAGUCCAGAAAUGCUUUCCGCAAGGCCCUUUAUGGCACAACAUCGGAAACGGCAGCUUGGAGACGCUGUGCAAACUAUGUCAACGGGAAUAUGGAAAAUGCUGUGGGAAGGCUUUAUGUGGAAGCGGCAUUUGCUGGAGAGAGUAAACAUGUGGUUGAGGAUUUGAUUGCCCAGAUCCGGGAGGUUUUUAUUCAGACUUUAGAUGACCUCACUUGGAUGGAUGCGGAAACAAAGAAGAGAGCUGAAGAAAAGGCCUUAGCAAUUAAAGAAAGGAUCGGCUAUCCUGAUGACAUUAUUUCGAAUGAUAACAAACUGAAUAAUGAGUACCUCGAGUUGAACUACAAAGAAGAUGAAUACUUUGAGAACAUAAUUCAAAAUUUGAAAUUCGGCCAAAGUAAACAACUAAAGAAGCUCCGAGAAAAGGUGGACAAGGAUGAGUGGAUAAGCGGAGCAGCUGUAGUCAAUGCAUUUUAUUCUUCAGGCAGAAAUCAGAUAGUCUUCCCAGCUGGCAUUCUGCAGCCUCCCUUCUUCAGCGCCCAGCAGUCCAACUCAUUGAACUAUGGGGGCAUUGGCAUGGUCAUAGGACACGAAAUCACCCAUGGCUUCGAUGACAAUGGCAGAAAUUUUAACAAAGAUGGAGACCUCGUUGACUGGUGGACUCAACAAUCUGCAAAUAAUUUUAAAGAACAAUCCCAGUGCAUGAUAUACCAGUAUGGAAACUUUUCCUGGGACCUGGCAGGUGGACAGCACCUCAAUGGAAUUAAUACACUGGGAGAAAACAUUGCUGACAAUGGAGGCAUUGGCCAAGCAUACAGAGCAUAUCAGAAUUAUGUUAAAAAGCAUGGUGAAGAAAAAUUACUUCCUGGACUUGACCUAAAUCACAAACAACUGUUCUUCUUGAACUUUGCCCAGGUGUGGUGUGGGACCUACAGGCCAGAGUAUGCAAUCAACUCCAUUAAAACAGAUGUGCACAGUCCAGGCAAUUUCAGGAUUAUUGGGACUUUGCAAAAUUCCGCUGAGUUUUCAGAAGCCUUUCACUGCCGCAAGAAUUCAUACAUGAAUCCAGAAAAGAAAUGCCGGGUCUGGUGAUCUUUGGAAGAAGUAGUGCAGCCCUUGGC